AAUCUCCCUCUCUCUCUACGUUCUUAGAUUCUGUUUGUACACUUUACGAGUUGACAGAAGAGGAGAUUAAAACAAGAAGUGUCUGGAAGAGAAGAUAUAUAAUGCAGAAUGGAAUGAGCAUGAGGUAAGAGAAAGGAAUGUAUAAAUAUGACUCAGCAAAGCAAUAUCAGUAUUGUUGACAGAACCUGUCCUUCGUGUGGCCAUCAUAUCAAAGACCAACAGGGAGGAAUACAUGAGUUACCAGGAUUACCAGCAGGAGUGAAGUUUGAUCCGAGUGACCAGGAGCUCUUACAACACUUGGAAGCGAAGGUGAGGUCUGAUAUUCACAAGCUUCAUCCUUUAAUCGAUGACUUCAUUCCUACUCUUGAAGCCCAAAAUGGAAUCUGCUCCACUCAUCCCCAGAAACUCCCAGGAGUUAGAAAAGAUGGCCUGAUCCGCCAUUUCUUUCACAGGCCAUCAAAAGCAUACACAACGGGAACAAGAAAAAGGAGAAAGGUGAACUCAGAAGAAGCAGAAGGGAGUGAGACAAGGUGGCACAAAACAGGCAAGACAAGGCCAGUGUACAUUAAUGGAAAGUUGAAAGGCUACAAGAAAAUCCUCGUACUUUACGCCAACUAUGGCAAACAAAGGAAGCCUGAGAAGACAAACUGGGUGAUGCACCAGUACCACCUCGGAUCCAACGAAGAGGAGAAAGAAGGAGAGCUGGUCGUGUCCAAGGUUUUCUACCAGACACAGCCUCGACAGUGUGGUUCUCUUCUGAAAACUCAACCUCUGCAUCAUCAUCAUCAUCUUCAUGGAGUCACCAGUCAUAAUCACAAGAACAAUAAUAAUGGGUUCGUUGAGUUCUAUAACUCUGGAUUCAUAUCAUUUGAUCAAGCUGGCCAACAAAGAUCUUCUCAUUUUCCAGUUCAUGAUGAUGAAUCUCCUUUCAUUGCUUGAAUGGAAAUAAAAGGUUUGGCUAUGGGAGGAGAAGAUGACAAAGAUGAUCGAAGAGAGGUAUUACAAUCACAAUUAUAAUAAUCACACACACACACACACACAUAUAUAUAUCUCUGAAGAAAUAAGCUAGGGGGGUAAAAUUUUAAUUUAUCAGUUCUGAAAGUCUAUUCAGGGUUGAAAUCCGAUCUUGUUUUCUUUUUGGAAGCAUGUCAGGAUUAAAUCCCUGUGAUUAUUUAAGUACCAUACUUGACUUUGUAAAUUAUCAUGCUUACUAUUAUCAAUGAAAGAAAGCGCAAUAAUCUUAAAUUAAUAU